ACCAAAGGUUACAUGAGACCUAACACAAUACUCUUAUCUUACUAAAGCUUCAAUGUCAUACCUCUCCUACUCUUUCCCUACCCUCUCCACUCUCCUUCCUCUUUCCAUUUCCUGUGUGUUUAUUAGCCAGAAGCUAAAUAUAUCCCUACUUUCUCCAGUGAUCUCUGUAGGACAUGCAGGAUCAGCUUAGCAGGGCAAAGAAACAAGCAAUAGAACCCAUAUCCUCCCUCCCUCCCUCUCAAUCAUCUAUCUAUCUAUCCAUGUUUGUAGGUGCAAGACUCAUCCUUUUGUAAAGCAAUACAUAUAUGAUGAUCUCUAUCUCUCCUUCUUCAUCUUCUUCUGAUUGAUACAAGUGAAGCCUUAUAUCCAUCCUCUGAGGAAAGGAAAGAUUUCCAACUGAGUUGCAUCUAUAUGGAGGUGUUUACAGUACAGAUGCCGUUCGCUGCCCCCUCCUCUUCUUCCACCUCGUCGGUGGCUUCCGACUCUGCCGCCCCUGUGGAGCCAGAGCAUAUGUUCGACAAGGUGGUGACGCCGAGCGAUGUCGGCAAGCUGAACCGCCUUGUGAUCCCCAAGCAGUAUGCGGAGAGGUACUUCCCCCUCGAUCCCUUGGCCGCGGACAAGGGCAUCCUGCUGUGCUUCGAGGAUCGUACCGGAAAGCAGUGGCAGUUCCGCUACUCGUACUGGGGCAGCAGCCAAAGCUACGUCAUGACCAAGGGGUGGAGCCGGUUCGUGAAGGACAAGCAGCUAGAAUCCGGAGACACGGUCUCCUUCGGUCGUGCUAGUGCAGGAGCGUCGGCCGGGCAUGGCCGCCUCUUCAUUGGAUGGCGCCGGCGGAAACAAACCCAAUGCCGCCCGCCGCUUCCCCUCCCACAGAUCUUCUCUGCUGCCCGGUCGUCGGCACCACAGUGGGGUGGGCUUUUCCCGUUCGCCGUGCCUCCCGUGUACAAUAUGGCUUCGAACCAUGGUCAAUACGGAGGAGGCAGGCCGUAUUCGCCGCCGCAAGUCAGGGUGCAACCCGGCGGCGGAGUGGCGGGGGCGUCAUUACUUCUGGAUUCAGCGGCGGUGAUCCGUGGCACGGCGAAGACAAAGCGAGUCAGGUUGUUCGGAGUCGACCUAGAGUGUUCCGAGAGGGAGGAACGUGGAGACACCCGGCGGGAUCUGCAGGUGCUUCUGCUGCCGAAACACUCUGCAAUGGAGGAAUGGAGCUGCUGAAUCCAACAUAGUCUGCGCAGGAGAUAGGCCGCAGCCAAACAUGGACCUCCGCGCACCCUUCAUUCGAUGAAGAUGGAAGGAGAUAAAAAGGAAGUAUAGCCGAAGGUGCCAAGAGUUUGACAAUAAGAUUCUGGACUCGAAUCUUCGUUCUUUUGCUAAAAAGAAUCAUAUAUCCUUUUCUCUCA